AUGGCUGGCUUUGAGCGCGUUUUUCCUUUGACUAAUCUGCACCUAUUUACACCCGUGGAAUUGGGCUGCUUGAUCAGCGGUGAUGAUUAUUUAGACGAUGAGCAAGAUGAUUCGUUAGAGGUACAAGAACAUAUCCUAGAUAGACCGUCUGAUCUACGGUUAUCAAAACAUGCCUGCGGAUCAUUCAAUUCUACAAGCUUAGAGAAGAACACAGCAAGCACCUCUGGGGGAUACUGGGAGCAAAGUAAGGUAAGUAGGCCGAUUACAAAAAGAAAAACUAUGCGAAACCGUUAUUGGAGCAUUGAGGAACUUACAGCAGCUUGUGAGCCUGCUGCCGGGAUGACACGCUCCAGUUCCACCUACUGUCAUUUGAUACAUGUGCUGGCAGGCCUCGCACCUAGUGAGCGUCGAGAGUUCGUUCAGUUUGUUACUGGGUGUCCUAAUUUGCCCCCCGGUGGAUUAAGGAAUCUUUAUCCAUGCUUAAAGGUAAGCAACUUUUUUGUAGGCAAAUACCUCUUUCUGUUACUUUAG